UCUUUUCCACAGUUUUGGCCAUUGUAACAUAUCAUGUCAUAUUAUUUUUUUUAUAGGAUAAAAAGUGAUAACCUACCGAAAUACUGUAUUUGUCACCGUAAUAUCUUGGAAUCUCAGGUUGAUGGUUGCAAUGAGGUUGACACUGCUGAAACUUUGGCUCCGGUCGCCGCCAAUCUGCAGAAGUUGAAAAUAACUGUCACAGUGGGGAUGGGUUCUCCGUUGUGUUUUCCCCAUGUUGCUGACACCGCAGGCCAUGUGGCGUCAUGCCAAGACGACGCCAUGGAAACCGGGCUGUCGUUGGUUCUUUAGUAUACCUAACGUGCUAAGUAAUGCCUCGAAAAAACAAUAUUCGGAGCGCCGAGUCUUGAACUUCUCACAACAAGAGGUUUACAAUGUCGUUGCCAAUGUCACGGACUAUCAUCGGUUUGUUCCAUUUUGCGUUCAUUCUCACGUCUACAGUUCGGACAAAAUUCAACAAGGCGAAAAUGCUGUGACCGUGAUGAAGGCGGAAUUGGGCGUUGGUUUCAAACUGUUUGAAGAGAAGUACAUGUCCAAAGUCACUUGUGAAGAGCCCAAGCUUGUGAGGGCAGUAGCAGCUGAUGCGUCUCUAUUCAAAGAAAUGGUCACGACAUGGAAGUUUCACCCGCACAAAAGUGUACGUAGUGAACGACCGUCUUGCCUUGUCGAUUUCCAUAUUUCCUUUGAAUUUGCUUCCCCAUUGCAUGCCCAAGCUUCAACCGUGUUUUUCGAUCAGGUAUCGAAAAUGAUGCUGAAAGCGUUUGUCGAGCGAUGCGAGACUGUGUACAAUCGGAAAGCAAAAGUUUAAAAAAGAUGGUAGAUUUUCCUCCCCCAUCCUUUCAAUAGAAACAAAAUACAGCCAUAGAAAUUCCAUAAUCAUACCUUAUUUGUAAUAAAGUUUAGAUGCAGUUUCAGCAUUUCCAUUACUUGCC